UAUAGUUUCUACUCUCGCGAUUAGUCAGUUGUUCCGCGACGAUCGCAUGCGGAUGGUCACAUGACCACCGGGCAGACCAUCUUUCAAUUGUCAGUGUAAACAAGCAUCAAGUACGCGGUAAACACUUAACAGAAAAGAUAACCGAAUAACGUCACACAUACUUUUUGACAUAUCAAUCGUACCAAUUUAAAAUUUUUAUUUUCCUUGUGCUGCCAGUUAGGAGUGGUGCUUCCCCCGCUUAUAUUUGAAAAACAAGAGCGGCAAAGGGGGCGCGAUACGGCAUUAAUUACAAAAAAAUGGAUGCUUUCAAGAAACCAUUCUAAGGUAUGAGGAGGCAGUCGAAAGGCUGCUCGGUAUUCCUCUGAAUGUCCCUAAUGCGACGCCGCCAUGUUAGGGGCAAAAUUAGACACCGUGUCCAGUUAAUAUGUUCUUAUUGGCUGCCGCAAUACUGCUGCUCACUAUAAGCUUAGCAGGUUCCAUGCCCGGUGGACCCGGGGUUCCCGAAAACAUAACCGUGACAUUUCUAAAUCCAACUUCCGUUAGAGUUUCGUGGGCCACAUCAGUGGACAACGCAGACAAGUACGACGUCACUUAUAAGCCUACAGAUGAAAGAGUGGUGGCCGUGGUUGCUGGUAACUCAGAUGCAGUGACCUUGAGAGGGCUCAAAGCAGACACGCAGUAUCAGCUGACCGUCGCCGCUGUCUGGCAAGGCAAAAAGUAUCGCAGCAGGCCUAUCGUCUUCCGCACCUUGGAAUUUCUUUGCGUUCCAGAGCCUCCUCGGUCAUUUCCACAGCAGGACUCCAUGGCAGCACCCUUCUCCACUGAGACCCCCACAUUCAAGGAGACUACUCCAGCGGACAUACCCGUAGAAUAUCCUCAAACCAGUUCAACGGUGCGAGGUGUAGAAAUAGGAAUAGUACUGUUAGUUCUAGUAGUGUGGGUGGCUGCGAUCGCGCUCUUCUUCAACCGAUGGGGCAAGAUCAGAAUGCUACUCCCUUACCAGCCGGAUUACAAACAGGAGCAGUUGAAGGUGCCGGGCACAGCAGCGUGCGCGGCUGCAGUAGCGUCGGGAAACACAUGCGUCCACCCGGGCCCAAAUAUUUGCCAGCAGAUUCACGCUCAACCGCCCCGCACGCCUCGACCCCGUAUGAACUCGGCCAUAUUUGUCUCGAACAGCGGUCCGGGCAUCGAUCCCAAAGAGUUCUUCCGGCGACACGGGUCCGUGUCCAAACUAUGCCGGAAGGCCCGCAGCGUAGAUAACAUAUCCCUGGAGGACAAGCACUUCGGCCUGCCGACAUUGUCAAUUUCGGGACCUUCGCCUCCCGAAGACGAUGAAACGGAAAUAGUCGAAUCGCCAGAAACGCAGAGGUUUCUUUGUGAAUGAGUCUCUUUACAUGGUGGUUUAUUUAAUCGUCAAAUUUUUAGUUCUUGGAAAUGAUAAUUUCCGUUAUAUUUCGUUUUUUAUAAAAUCUACCUAAUUUAAUAAACCUAGACUUGAUUCGUGUGCAUUAUGUUGUCGUUCGAACGAAAACAUAUAUUUGGACGCGUUGGACAAAUGCCUAAUUACAAGUAGUUACGCGCGUUAAGCCUAUUAAAGUAAUAAAGAACAACUGAAUGGCAUAGGUGAUUUUAUUUAUAUGAUCUGAUUCAUAAAUUUUAUUUGAUUUGCAAUAUAAUUUUUGCCACAAAACUUACCUACACAGCUGCCUGAUAAGUUUCUAUUAUGGAAACAUAUAAUUCUUUAGUGCACUUCAAAGUAAAAGAUAUAUUUUUACUUUCAUGAUAAGCGUUCAAAUUUUUCUUUACAAAAUGAUUUAAUCUAUUUAAUAUAAAUUAUAUUAUAUUUUAUAUUCAUACAAGUCGAGUUGCGGUGUGAUAUGACUGGAGACAGUAGCAUAUUCUUAUUAACUUUAUAAAGUUUUAAUUUAAAAGAUUUUUCGUAUCUCAUAUAUUUCGAUAUAAUCGAUGGAGCAAUAAGCAAGCCGUUUCUCAAAAACACAAAAACUACAUGACAAACAUUGUUAAAUCGACAAAUACCGUUUGAGUUUGUCAAACGCGAUUGUGAAAUUAAGCAAGUCAGCGAAAAUAACAAAGCCAGUAACUAUUUACACACACAUUACUAUGUACGAUACACAUUAUCAAUAAUACCGGGUGUCCAAGAAGAAACGAUAGAAUAUCUCGAAGAUUACACAAUUGAUCAAAAAAUCCUUGAAAUGUUCAAUAAAUAAAAAAUUUCAAUAACACUAAUCGCGACUCCCCACUCCAACCCACUGGUGAUGGAAAGGAGGCAACUUGAACAUGUUAAAUGGGAUGGGCCAUCUAGGUGACGAAAACGGCAGGUUUGUAAGUACCCAAUUAUGCACGAAUCAGGCAUGAGCCAAGUGAUACUGUGUUCGUUUUCGGUAUUUUAGUUAAUUGUUGAACGCUAUCGGAUAUUUUCGGUAAAUUAAAAAAAAAACUAAUGGUCUUUUGACGUCUCUCACUUUGCAAAAAUGUACCCAUGCAUAAAAAUAGUAUAGUAUGCAACACGUUAAUAAAUUUCUGCAGUCACUCAUUUAUAAAUGAUUAGUGCAUAAUUUGGUAUUAUAUAAUAGGGAGUAGAAAAAAUAUGUUAAAACGAUGGCGUCAUAACACUAAAUUCUAGACAAAUACAAUAAACCGUCUUUUUUUUCAUUUACAGAGCCAUCAAACGAGAAUCCAAAAGACAAAAAUUUUGUUUCCAUUUAAAAUUUCAAAGUGCCUCCUCCCCGUCACAAGUGGGUUGUGGUGGGGGGUAAUGUUUGUGUUAUUGAACAGUUUUUGUAUUUAAUAUUUUUCAGCAUUUCUUGUUUUUUGAUCACUUUUGUAAUUCUCGAGUUAUUCCUGCCUUUUCAUACUUUUUGGACACCCGGACAGUUGAUCAUUUACAUUCGGGCUCAUAGGUUUCACUUUUCUAACUGAAUCCCUCUAAGAGAGGUGCUCUCGCCUUUAUAGGACGCAAACGCUUUCUCGCAAUGAAGGUCGAAUAUUCCAUCUUCUUCUCGACAGGCAGCAUCUAUAAUCACGCACUGAUUUCCAUGCAGCACCUGGGUUGCAAUUAAACGAAUAAGUGUAAAGCACACCAUAUUAGGUCAAACUCAUUAAAAAAUAUCUUAGUAAUUUCGUCAGGAAAUCUUAAAAUUGUACAAUUAACUAAACCACCGAGUGUCUUGUCUUUUUACGUAUUACAACUUCAGUAUCAUCAAUUUGUGCGAGCAUUCACCAAUUUGACAAGAUUUUUUAGGCUUACUCAAUAAAGUAAAUCAUUUGUUUAUUUAUUUAUUAUUAAUUAUGCUUUUGUAGCCCUUGUAAAGAAAUAUUUAUUUAGUUUAGAGGAUCCUUAAUUGUUACCUAAAAAACAUUGAUUAAAAAUUGUUUUUUCUCGUUCAAAAAUUGUAAUUAAUUCAACAAUUCAUCGCCUUGAGCCAAAUCAAUGUGCGGAAAACCUUUUAUAACUUGGAAGAUCUGUUAUUAAGAAGUUGAAAUACGUUUUCUUACAUAUCACCGGUUGUGACACAUGUAUCCAACAAUGAAAGUGAAUAGGUUGCAAUUGCCAAAACGGUUUCUUUCGACUACGAAUUUUUGUCAUACAUAUUUGGUGUAAAUGUGAUAAAAUAAAUGCUCAACAAGGAUUGGCGUAAUAAUACACAAACUGCUAGAAAUAGCUUUUAUGUACUUGGUAAAAAUUGCUUUUGGGAUUCAUGUUAGUUAAAUACUACUAAACAAAUAUAGUUCGCAUAAAGCAGCGGCCUAUGGAAAUAUAAUCGCCAACACUCACAAGUAAUAGAUUAGUAGCAUACGAAUAAUUAUUACUAUUUUGGAAUGGCCUUUAGCAAAUUUAAUCUAAAUUAGUUUUCUCUGCUCUCUAAAUUGAACAAUUAAUUAAUCAAAAGAACGAGCUGAUUUUAAUACAAUACUAUAUACUGUGUCGUAAUUUCAUUGGAAGGGGCCCUGUAAAAUAGUAAUUUUUCAAUAGGACGCGAAAGAGAUUAAUUUAUAUUAAAUAGAAAACGAUCUACAAUCAUUUUCGAUCAUUUUAAUUUAAGAGAGGGAAAAGUUUGCGUCCUCCAUUUUCCAUAUAAACAAAACCACCCAAAAUGUAAAUCAUAAACUGGACAAAAUUUUAAGCUGUUUAAAAUUACUGCAAGUACUAAUAAAAUAAUAAUAAAUUGCAUAAAACUUUAAACAAGCAAUUUUUUUUCAUUUCUAAUUUGCAAAAUAAUUUCAAAGAAAUUUUUAUAUUUUAAUUCUAAUAUCUGGUGACGUAGACAUCAGUCACUUAUAAACUUGUAAUAUAAUAUUUUAUAGUUAUUAAAUUGUGCAUUUUGCUGGAUAGUUCCAUUUCCAAUAUGGUCAAAUAUGAUGCAGAAUGAAAUAUUCAUUUUCAAUUUAGAUGUUUUGAAUUGAUAGGAAUAUUUUUAUUAUAAAAUCGACUAACCUAUUUUUUUCAUCAAUAAAAUAUCCUUUCAGUAGAUAUACUUAUGAUUGGUAGUAAUUUUUUCUCAACCAAAGUUUUUUCAAGUUUCCUAUUGGGUUUGUGUUUAUUUCUCUUCGAAUGGCUUCCUGACUGGCGCUGCAUUAGAAAUUUCGAGAACGAGGGGCUCAGCCGAGGUCAUAUUUCGAAAUGAGAGCUUAAUGUUUGAUUUGGCUUUGUCUUUGCUAGUUAAACUAGCACUUUUCUAUAUUUGGAUAACAAAAGAAUUUUAUUUCAAACCGGACUCCGGAAAAUAGGCACAAGGCUAAAUAUGAAUAAACUCCACAUUGUUGGCAAUUUUUGUGUAAAUAUAGGUAGACAAAAAACGCAUUGAAUUUCUUAUUAUUUACUUAUUAGAAAUAUAUCAGGCAGGGGAUGGUCACAGCACAUUUGAAUUAAUUAGGUCUGUGAAUAUUUCAUACAACUCAUACGCUCCAUUCUGUUCAUAAAUUUUUAGGAAUUCGAAACGAUACAUUUUUAAGAUACAGCACAAAAAGGGUCCACUAAUAAUAUAUCACCAAUAUAAAUAGAUAUACGAAGAAAUAUUUCUUCUUCCUAUAGUAACGUGAGUAAAUUAUUAAUUGAUAUUAUUAUGUAAUUGGGACUGAUAUGGUGCCAAUUUAGUUAGAAGCACGCUGCCAGCGAAAAUUUUAGGGUGUUGCACACAGUGAGAAUUCAGAUAUAUAACAUGACAAUUUUUAUUUGUAUAGCGUUAUGAAUGUUGUAGUAUACUUGUAUAUCUAUUAAAAAAAUAUUAUUAAAGUGUAAUUUAAAAUAUAUAUAAACAUUGCAUUAGUGACCCAACUUUUACCCCAAAUUUACUGUUAAUUACUUAGAUUUUACUCCUUUUAAAAAUAUGUGCAAAUAUUUUUAAGAAACAGACAAGGAAAAGUGAAAGCAACAAUAUAGGUAAAUAUUAAAACGUCAAUUCCGUCAAAUCGCUUGUCAAAAUAUCUGUUUGUGAAGUGGUUUUAUAUUCUCCAUGGGACCAAACACAACAUGAAAUAAGGAACAAACGAUAAAAAUAUUUGUACAUUUUGUGAGCUACUUCUGCAUAUAGCUUUAACUAGAGCCUACUUUAAAAAAACAAGUUGGUGAGAUGCUGGAAUGAGAAUUCAUAUAGUUUUUAUAUACCCGCCUUUAAUAAUAUCGUUUCUCUUAAAUGUAUUUUGAAGAAACUGUACAAUGUACCUAUGUGUAAGGAAGAAAUAAUUUUUCGACUUUACCAAUAAACAAUUUUAUACUAUACUACCUGUAUAACACCUAGUUCUUAUUGUAAGUUACAAACGGAUUAUAAGAUUGCAGCGAAGUCAAUUGAAAAUUUUAGCGUUAAGAAGUUCCCUAAAUAAAAAAUAAUAUUAGAAAUGUAUAUAACUCAGGUCCACAUAUCCUAUUUAUAUCCUUAUAUCCUUUGAUGGAGAACCAAUAUUUGAAACAGUCUGUUUGGCUAAUCCUACAGUACUCAAAAUUAUUAAAUGUAAUAACAGGAUUUCCUUCUGAAGGAAACCUCCUAUAGACCAAUGUUACUUAACAUUUGAUUUCCUUUUUCCUUGCUGAAAAAUGCCUCACGUAAGAGCUAAUAUCACGGAUACCUAUAAAAGCACAAAUUAUAGUACGAGUGAAGGCAGUGAUGUUUUUAACGAAUUAAAAUAUUUUUCAUUUCUGUGAUUCGAAAGUAUUAAUGCCUUUCUAUGUAAAUAAAGUGUAAUUCUCUAUUGUAGAAAUUGUAGGUUAGACAUUUACUUGUAGAAAGUCAUCUCUUCUGUAUAGCACCAAUUACUACCAAACUUCACGGUGAAUUAGAAAUUUUCGGCAAGAAAUACUGAAUAAUGCCAAAUGAAACAUCAUCGGCAAUUGCCAGAACUUUUUAAUUUACUGUCUUAUUAUUUUUAUUAUUAUUAUUUAACUGUAUGCAAUAACGAAGUGUAAAAUCUUGUUCUAAAUAUAGCAAAUAUAUUCCAUUCUACAAAUUUAUUUUUUUUAAACACUUAAUGUCAAACACUAGACUUUAUAUUCCCACUGCGAUUAACUAAUAAUACUCACUAAAAAUAGAUAUAAUUCUUCAAGCAGCUCGCAAUUUUAAUAACUAUAGUUUUUUUUUAAUGUUACAUUUAAACAAAAUAAUACUUGUUAAGUAUUUAAAACAUAAUUAUAUUUAGAUACUGAAAAAACCUUAAGAAUGAUGUAUCAGAAGCCUUAAUAAAACAAACAGGAUAAUGGAAAAGUGCUACAAUAUUGACUUUAAAAAGACGACAUACUUUGGUUUUCAAAAAGUUUUUUCCACGUUCGACUCUUAAAAUACCCCCUAUCUAAAGAUUAGGCGUGCGCAAGGUGUUAAUUUGAAACAUCAUUUGCAUGAAAUACCGUCGCGAACUACUUUAAGCCGUUAAGCCUGAUAUUUUGACGUUCUGAUGUGUGUAUAUAUUCCUAUUUUUCAAAAUUUUAACCAAAACCUAAAGCUAUUAGAAAAAUGAUAGUACGCAACAUCUUUAUAAACUUUUUCUUCAGACACUCAAAAAUUAAACCCUGGCUCCGCUCGCGCCUAAACAAACUCGUGACUGAAGUGUCAUUUACAAAACUUGUGGCAUAAUAUACUAUUAGCUUAAAGCGUGAAUAACACUCUAUAAUAAAACUAAAAACUCAGAAACAUAAUUUAUUACCAGAAAUAUUAUAUCCAAUAAAUAAUUCAUCUAAAAUUUUGAUGUAUCAAAAUACUACCGAACGAAAAAUUUUAAAAAUUAUACCAUACCCCAGUCCAAAACAGUGAAGAAAAUAAUCACUGUGCGAAAAAAUCUGGAUCGAAACUCCUCCAAACAGGUUCCAAUAUUAUUUGGAAUGAAUUCUAAAAAAUUUCGAUUGACUGUUGCAUAUAUGAGGGCGGUUUACAUAUUAUUAUUCCUAAUAAUUAAGGUCACGAAAAAGCGUAUUUUUUAUUUUUCAGAACAGUGACCUAAGACGUUGACAUACUUGCUAUAACGAUAGUAAUGAGCUAUAAAACCGUCAGAAAAAAGUGGUCUAUUUUGAGUUGCAAAGUGCUCUUCACCUCUAUCAUUAUUCAGUUUGAAGUCAUCAGUGCCCCAGAAACUAGGCUAUUUGCUCAUGAAUUUUUCAGUCUCCAUUAUAAAUUUCGGCUUACGAAACGCAGCUUCUGUGGUUAGGAGAGGUACCCCGAUUUCAUUCCUAAUAUUGGUAAUGGUAUUGGUAUUAAAGGGGGACGCCCUCGCGGCGUUCAAGUACUUAGGUUACCAGAUGGGCCCAUUGAGCCCCCAGACCGCUCUAGAGGGCGUCCAGAAUACCGCCCCUCCUAUAGAAGGUCAGCAACUCCUUUAGCACAAUACCGUGCACUGAGUCAAAAUAAGGUCAAAAUGCUGUAGAUCUCGCUCUCAUUCAAUCAAUGGUAACCAAAUUGGGCUCUAAAGUGCUCUCCAAUGCGCUUUCGUUUUAGCAUCAACGCUUGCGGUACUCCUCGUGCAGCCACAAUAAAUUUGUUUUCUUUACAAGCAACAGUUUUCGGCCAUCCAGCAUCAACAACUUGUUAAAGUCUCGUGCCUAGUUUUUUACAACUUGAUAUGAAGGUGCAAAUUCACCCCUCCCUUGUGGUGAUAAAUCUUUCUUAUAAAGAUAUUUAAUAACCUCUCUCCUCAAAUUUCUCAAAAGAGAAUUCAUUUAAGUUAAUAUCAGUAUUCCCAGACAAUCUUCAUGCCCCUCUUUUAGCUCCGCCCCCCUAACACAAUCUAUACGCAGGUACAGAGUAGAAUGCGAGCCAGUUUCAGUUAAGCUCAGAAGAAGUCAACAAGAUGAUUAGAGAAACGUCGGCUUAUUUAUAAAUAACCGACGCAUGAGGAAUCCAAAAGGUUUGUGAAUGUUAUUAGUAGCCUGUGGAAGUUUCUUUGAAAAAAUAAUUUACGUUACGACUAAUAAAACCAAUAAAAUCAACGCCCACUCUCAGGAUCAAUAAUAUCUAAACGGCCCUAGUAUACCUCCAUUAUGGACCCGCUAAUAAAGAAACCGCAUUAUUUAAAGCAGCUUCUUGUUUUCUGUGUCGUUCAUGCGUUACUUAUACUUAUAUUUUGAAAUAACCAGAGUUUAAAAUGUUACUUGAUGGAUAAUCGUCAUCUUUUAUAGGUACAGUUUUUUAAAACUGUCCCCUAAUGAUAACACACACAGUGAAUCUGAAGAUUAUAACAGUUAUCAGUUACAACAAAAUAAAAGUUGCCAAGAUGCAACCAAAAAAAAAAACGAAGAGGAAACACUAGUCAAAACUAAUCAGUGAAUCUUUAAAACCGUCCCGAAAGUGACAUUUUCCGACCAAAUAUUAGGCCAGAAAAUUAUAGUUUUCAUGAGGCUUAGGUCAGAUAAAAGCUUUUUCUACACUUCAUUCUAAAAUAUCUCAUCAUCGCGAGUGACUUUGGCGCGGGUUUAGGAGACUUUAAACACCGAUAAUAUUUUGACAUUUGUCAGGUAUGAUUAUCAUCACGUCACACGUGACCGACUGAGAAUGUAUUCGCGAUGUUUGGCAAAAAUGUAUUCAAAAACCAAUGGUCGUAGCUUGUGUGAAAAUAAACUCGUGACUAAGGUGUCGUUUAUCAAAUUCGUGCAAAUUAACCUGCUUUUUGUUUUUUUUUGUAAAUAGACUGAAAUAUUUCUAUAUUGACGGCGUUUCUCCUAAAAAUUUAAUAUUACUUUUGUUUACAUGUAUUAUUUCGUUGAUGGUUCAAAAAAAAAAAUGUACUUAACACGUUCUGAAAGGCUUCUAAAGGCCGUAGACCGACCUCUAGGAAACCUACCCUGUAAAAUGUCAGUUUCGAGACUUGUUACAUAAACUAAUUUGCUGGGGAUAAGAUCAAUUUCUGAAACGCACACUUCACUAGAGAUUACAAAACAAUACCGAAUGACUUAAACAAUAUAAAAACAAAAAUUUCUACUUUCACCGGAUCCAAUUUGAAAACAUAUUAAACUGAAAUAUAGAGCAACAAAUAAAAGCUAGGUGGUGGUCCAGCCAAUAUACAUACAAAUAAAUUUUGUAUCUUUUUAAAAACUGAAAUUUGGAUUAUAGGCGCCACGCGCUGCAAGUUUACUGCCUUCUUCAGGACUAAUACGAAUGACUUUUCGUGAUGUCCAUUGUCUUCUAAGUACUGUGUGAACUAAUAGUUCACGAUUCUAUUAUAUACAUUAAUACAGAAAAUCAUCCUUUAGUCCUGAAGAAGCCAAUAAAAGUGCCAAAACAUUGACUUCUUAUUAUUCCAAUAAUUUUUAUGCACCUAAAGCAAUGUACUCUGUAUUUGUAAUCAAUACUGUCAGCCACAGCAGUAAUUUUUUAGCAAAAAGUGCAAAUGCUCCGAGAUAAAGACAUUAUAUCCAAAGAAGGAUGACAAUUCAUUCAUAUAAUGAGUAUAAACCGACAGAAAACAUAAACAAACAUUUAUGAAUGGUUUGGUUCCCAUGCCUGUGGCGAUAGAAUAUAAUUUCUUGGAAAUAUCAAAGCUCUCUGUAGCUUACCUAUCAAAACUAAAAUUAGUAUUAUACCUAUUGCACACACAAAACAACCCAAAACCAUUUUAUAUAACUAUUUAAUUAAUACUUAGAAACAAAGCACCAACAACAAAUAACCAAAUUUGUAUGUCUGAAUUGAAAAUAUCAAAAUCCCAGGUGUCCUCAAAUGGCCCAAAAUUUUUUGAUCAUAGGCAUUUAGAAUGUGAUUGGUACGCCAACAAGGACAUAUUAAGGUCUUGUCAGGUUUCUGGGAUACAAUGUCUUUGCUCCCAAAUAUCUACUGUGAAUCAAAUAUUAUUUAUUUUGGUUUCAAUAAAAACUUAUUUACUUGACUAGAAGGCAUAGGUGGGACCUUGAUCAUCAUAGAAUAUCUUAUCAUUUUUACCUUUCCACAAUAAUAACUGCAAAAGUUUAGAACAAAAAGGGGAAAUGUCUACAAGUUUUCUGGUGUAUUUUUGCCUGUCUAUAACAAUUAUUUUGUGUGUCAACCAGAAAAGAAUAAUUAAAAUAAAUAUAUGCCCCGUGGAAAUUAUUGAUAAAAUAUCAAACUUAAUUAAUGAUAACCUUGAUAACAACUGUAAAGCAUGUCAUUUUUAAUAUUUGCCUGCCCUAAAGUGACAGAAAAUAAAUUAACUAAAAAGUUACCAAAAUGUGCCACCUAACACAAUUUAGUUCUUAGUAUUUUUACUAAUUUUUGUUUUUUACUGCUUAUUGGAAAAAAUAGGUGCCCAUUAUUGAGCAUAAAAACAUUUGUUAGGUAUUCCCUCUUAUGUUAAUUUAUGUUAAAAUUAUAUCAAACAUAACAAACUUGGAGAUCGACACAAUUGGCAGUGGUUUUCAAAAUUGCAUCAAAGCAGACACAUCGACGCUUAUA